AUGGCAUUGACGAAUCUCGGAUAUGGAAGGACUGUCACUUCAUGUGAGGGGAUGGAAGUUGAUCUGAGCGCAGCUAGACCUCAUGAGCUACCGGAUUCGCUAGGGAUCGAAGCUACACCAGGAGAAGUUCAUCCAACUUCUACACCUCAACCGGUGAAAGCUCCAGAGAAAGAGCUUGCGCAUGAUAGAGUAACGACAGCUCAGCUGCGGCCAGCUGGCUCUUCCGACCUCGAGAUCCCAUCCGGGAGCCCUUCAUCCCUGAAACCAAAAAGCUUUCUACCUUUACUCGUGGCUGCGAUCAUAGUAGCUGUCAUAGUAUUGGCACUUGCUAUACCUUUGGCCCUACGGCUGAAAAAGCCUUUCAAGCCGAGCUCACCGGCCAACUCAAAAUCUACCGCUCGGGUCCAGGACGAAUUGCCUACCUCCGGAGCUUUUAAUGGAACUGGCCUAGCAUUUAUAGCUUUGGAUCUCACUGACGUACCUGAUGUCAGUCUUUUCUAUCAAGACUACGAUGCCCGGAUUCGCCGGCUACACAGCAUCGAGCUUUCACCAUUUGUCGGUGGCUUCCCCAUUGUUGCCUCAAACGCAAGAAAUACCACACCGCUGACGACUCUCACGUACCCAGCUAGUAAUGGGGAGUUGAAUUCUCACCUGUACUAUAUCGAUGUCAAUAACACGUUGCAAGAGUUAUUCAGUACUGACGACCUCGCAACUUGGCAGCUUGGUUCUCUUGGCCGUUACAACUUCACGGCAUCAGUUUCAUCCACAGCCCUGACAGCCUUCGACAGUGACCACUGGCUCGGCCAAGACGGAAACAGCCCAGGAUUCGCUUAUACUAUGGGGCGCCCGACAACAAGUUCCAUGAGCUUGCUCUGUUCCCGAAUAUCAGCUAACAAUACUUCUCACACUCCGUCAUACCCGGCACCAAUGGCAACGCUGGGAUUGCGUCGGGUUGGUCGGACGAGUCAGGAUUGGGCAAUCUUUAUGUAUUCGACAAGAACAAUGAAUUUCAAAUCUGGUCCAAUAAUUUCAAUACCACCCAUGACGCCACUCAGAAUGCAUCGUACGAUAAUUGGAUAG